GCUUGCGUUCCAAGCCUCGGUGCCGCUGCCUCGUUCAAGUCCUCGGUUAUGGCGGGAGAAGUGGAAAAUGAAAGAGGCCUGGGAAUGGCCUGCGGGCUUUUACUGGUGCAGCUCUUACUUUUACCCAGUGUAUUGUGUAUUUCAGCUUCAGAAACUAAGGUACAUAUUAUUGCACUUCAAGAGGGAUCAAUUUUAAGCUAUAAUGCAUCUCAGAAUUUCUGCUACAGGAAAACCACUGAGCCAAAGUGGAAUGACAUAUGGACAAAGGUGCAGAUCCGGAUUAACAGUACCAAAAUGAUACGAGUGACCCAAGUAGAUAGUGAAGAGAAAUUACAGGAAAUGGAAGGCUUCAAUAUUUUUGACCUGUUCUCCUUUAUGAAGGAAAAAUUGAAUGACACCUACAUAAAUGUGGACCUCCAUAGCAACAAAACCUGCAUUAAAGUAAAUGUUAAUGAGGCAGAUACAGUAUACAGUGUAGCACUUUCUCGAGGUUUUGAUCCAAAGCUUUUCUUGGUUUUCGUUAUUGGUCUUCUUUUGUUUUUCUAUGGCGACUCUCUCAGCAGGAGUCAGCUCUUCUACUACAGCACGGGGAUGUCUGUGGGCAUGGUAGCAUCAAUGCUAAUUCUUGUGUUCAUGCUCUCCAAGCUGAUGCCCAAGAGAAGCCCCUUUUAUGUGUUGCUGUUGGGUGGUUGGUCAUUUUCUCUAUACAUCAUCCAGCUGGUCUUCAAAAACUUCCAAGGAAUCUGCACUGAAUACUGGCAGUACCUUUUGGGUUAUUUGGGACUUGUGGGCUUUGUCAGCUUUGCAAUUUGCUAUAAAUAUGGUCCACUGGAAAAUGAGCGCAGCAUUAACCUGCUUAACUGGACUCUGCAGCUAGUUGGACUUCUGCUUAUGUUUGUAGGAAUUCAAGUACGGCAGAUGGCAAUCACUAUGAUUGUUAUCGCAUUUUGUACCAAACAGAUUGAGUACCCAGUACGAUGGAUACACAUCCUCUACAAAAGCCUAGUUAAGGCCAGAGCCAAGCCUGUUCCUCCACGGCUGUUAUCUGAGGAGGAAUACCGGAAACAGGGAGAAGUGGAGACUAGGAAAGCAUUGGAAGACCUUAGACAAUUUUGCAGUAGCCCAGAUUUUGCUGCAUGGAAGAUGGUGUCACGAAUCCAGACACCAAAGAGAUUUGCGGACUUUGUGGAAGGUUCAUCUCACUUGACACCCAAUGAAGUAUCCAUUCAUGAGCAUGAAUAUGGCUUGGGGGGAUCUUUCUUAGAGGAAGAACUGUUUGGGGAUGACAGUGACAUGGAGAAUGAUUUACAUCCUCAAAGUACAUAUUCUCCAAUUCGGCAACCUUUUUGAUAUUGUGCAAAUGUGUUGCAUAUGUAGGAGACGGAGUCACAGGUGUGUUGCAAAUGAAUAUCAAGCCAUAACAUGAAGAGUUUGGUUGGACAAAAAAAAAAAAAAAAACGUGACAAAUUGCCAAUACAUUUGGGCCCCAUCUAGCAAAAAGUUGAUGCUGCUGCCAAGAAGAGUAAGCCUUGGAUAUCUUGGCAUCGAAAAGUCCAAAACAUAAUGAAUGUCCAAGGUCUAAAAGUGUACACUGUUUUGUUUUUAAAACAAGAGUUAAUCUCCCUAAAGAUUAUGGAUAUGCACAACAUACCUGACAAAUCUGUGUUUUAAUUAUGCAAGGAUGAGCCAUAUGUUGAAUAUUUUUAUUUAAUGUAUCACACCAUUACAUAUAUUUUUGUUUGUUUAAAUACAGAGGAGUGCAAUAUAUAUGGUGUUUUUGUUUCAACCAAAGUCGUGCACCUAGUAAUCCGACUUUUCCUUCAUUAUU